AAAUUAUAUUCCGGAUUUUUCUAAUAAAAAUAGACAGAGGGGAGAUUUGUCCCUUUGGCCUUUGUUGUACGUCAUCCAGAUUUAGCUUUCUGGUUUCGCUCGCUAGGGUUUCUCUUCACAAAUCUCAAUCUAAUCGAAGAACAGAAAAGAGAGACCAUUAGGCGGUUACAACUAGGGUUCCAGUUUGUUAGAUUUUUCUGCUCCCUAUCUGCAACAUAUUAAUCAAUAAGAAUCCUUUUGUAUCUUGAUUUACAUGAAUGGAUACAAGUUCAUGCCUUGAUGAUCUCAACACCCUCUCAUCCUCUUCUUUACCGUCUCAAAUCCAUCAAAAUGAUAGAAAUGUUCUUCAUCUGUUGGCAAGAAGGGAGAUAGCUCCUAGAACAGCAAAAUGCUUACCAAAAAGGCAGUGGGGAGAAGUUUCUAACCACAAACAUCAGUCAUUUGUUAAACCUGAAAGUGAAAGAGUGAGGAACUCAAGACGUGAACUUCUUUCAUGGGUGGAAGCUGAGUCCCUGCGAUGUUUAUCAGCCAAAUAUUGUCCUUUGGUCCCUUCUCCUAGGUCAACCAUUGCAGCAGCAUUUAGUGCAGAUGGGAAAAUCCUUGCUUCUACUCAUGGUGAUCAUACUGUUAAAAUUAUCGAUUGCCAAACUGGAAAAUGUGAAAAGGUGUUGAGUGGUCAUCGAAGAACUCCUUGGGUGGUUAGAUUCCACCCAUUGCAUCCAGAAAUACUUGCAAGUGGAAGUUUGGAUCAUGAAGUUCGAUUAUGGAAUGCAAAUACAUCAGAAUGCAUAGGGUCCCGUGAUUUUUACCGGCCUAUUGCUUCAAUUGCCUUCCAUGCUGAAGGAGAGCUUCUUGCAGUUGCUGCAGGCCAUAAGCUGUAUUUGUGGCAUUACAAUAGUAGAGGAGAAACUUCCUCACCUACUAUUGUAUUAAGAACAAGACGAUCUCUUCGUGCUGUUCACUUCCAUCCACAUUCUGCUCCAUUUUUGUUAACUGCCGAGGUGAAUGAUCUUGACUCUUCAGAUUCAACAAUGGCACCGGCGACAUCUCUUGGAUAUCUGCAUUACCCCCCACCCGCUAUUGGAAACAGAGACAACACGCAAUCGGAUCGACUUCAAGUUCUUGCAAAUGCAACAGAACUGUAUGAACAAAUGAUGGCUUCUUCCGUUCCAACCGAAAUGCAAAUGGAUGUCACUGAGGUACAACCACCACAAAUUCCAGAUGACUACAGGGAAAGCGGUCCUUCUAAUAUGGAUACUUCCGUCUCCACGGGUCGACCCGCGGACGAUCUGUUCAGAGAACGUGUGUGUUGGGAGCUGCCUUUCAUGCAAGGAUGGUUGGUUGGUCAAAGUCAAAAUCAAAAUCAAAGUCAAAGUCAAAGUCAAGCUGAACAUUCGGGUAGUGGUAAUAGGGGGGAGGUUGUAGAGGCUUCGUUAGUUGUACCUUAUGGUACAAGGGAUGUUUCUUCAAAUGCUACUGCUUCAACUUCUUCUUCUAAUAGGGUGAGUGGUGUGAUGAGUAAUGAUGGAAUUGGAGGUGAUAGUUUCCCUAUCAUUAGCAGAAUACAGUCUCAACUUUCUGCAUCAUUAAGUGCUACUGCUGCUGCUGAGUUGCCUUGUACUGUAAAACUAAGAAUAUGGCCUCAUGAUUUUAAAAAUCCUUGUGCUUCACUCAAGGCUGAAAGAUGUCGUCUCAUUAUACCACAUGCAGUGCUUUGUAGUGAAAUGGGGGCACAUUUUUCACCAUGUGGGAGAUAUCUAGCUGCUUGUGUGGCAUGUGUACUUCCACAAUUUGAAGAAAGGGCGGGAACAUCUCCAACAAGACAUCCCAUUUCUGCUCGCCAAGUCAUGUAUGAGCUUCGGAUAUAUUCGCUCGAGGAUGCAACUUUUGGUACUGUACUUAUUUCGAGGCCGAUUAGAGCUGCUCAUUGUUUAACAUCUAUUCAGUUUUCACCAACCUCUGAACACAUAUUGCUUGCUUAUGGUCGACGUCACAGUUCCCUUCUUAAAAGCAUUGUUAUUAAUGGGGAGACCUCAUUAUCCAUUUACACAGUUUUAGAGGUAUAUAGAGUUUCAGAUAUGGAACUUGUGAGUGUGCUUCCGAGUGCAGAAGAUGAGGUCAAUGUGGCUUGCUUUCAUCCUCUUGCUGGAGGUGGUCUUGUUUAUGGAACCAAGGAAGGCAAACUUAGAAUCCUUCAGCAUGAUGGUGGUCAUGCGCCCAGACCUGAUCACUUUUUUGAAGCAAGAGCAGUUGAGUAUUUCACAUCUCAGGAAGCUAAAACUGAUGCAGCCAGGUGAUUUUUUUUUACCAUCUUUCGUUUGUAGCCUUCCACAUGUUUGAGCAUUUGCUUGUAUUUUAACAACUUGUUGUAUACACCCAUAAACUUAGUCAUUAUAAAUGACUUCACUUUGGAUCAAUGUAAAUUAUUAAUACUAGUUUGUCAACUUUUGUUAUUAAGAUAUCUUUGUACUGGUCUAAGUUGGAACUCAAUCAUUUAUUAGUUAAUCAUGUUUUUAUCAAAGUAGUAAAAUUAUGUGGUAUGAAUUGGUGACUUCAAAUGAUUAAUUCCAUAUAGAUGAUGUAACAAAACUGAUGGUUAAAAAGUAGAGUAAAAUCAAU